CAUCUCCGUCCUUCCAUCAGAGGUUAUGGCUGAGGACUCGGUGUUCGGAACACACGCUACAAAGUUGCAGCGUUGCCCCGGGAAUAUGUUUUGAAGAGCGUUUUGUGCUCAGACCGUCGCGAAGAGAUGAGUUGUCGCACUGCUGGUUAAGUGAAGCGGCUGUGAACCUGCCACCAUGUCCCACGCUCAGGUUGAGAUCCCGGGACGGGGCUUUCCCGGUCUCCCCGGAGAUCUGACCGACGACCAUCUGCCACGCGUGCCCACCGUGCUGAGGACCAACGGCGUGGGCGCGCGCAGGAACUCCUACUGUCUGCAGAAGAUCAGCAUGGACAUUGACUCCCCUCUCUAUAGCGGGGUGCUCUCCAAAGCCUUGUCCUGGUCUGCAGAGAACAUCCUCACGCUCCCGGAGUCAAGAGUCGAGGAGGAGAAACCGGAGUCUCCUCCGGUCUCCAGCUCCAGCACGCCCCCCUGCAGCCAGGAGUCCUGGGUGCCCACCAGAAGCAGAGCCCCUGAGGUGAGCUCGGACUCGGAGACCGAGGUCGUCCACAACAAACAGCACAAGAUACUGUCCCGGAUCACCUUUGACACGCAGUGGGAGCUGGAGGAGAAGGAAGACGUGGAGACCAAAGCGGUGGCCACCUCGCCCGAUGGAAGGUACCUCAAGUUCAACAUUGAGAUUGGACGGGGGUCCUUCAAGACUGUCUACAAAGGUCUGGACACAGAGACCACAGUGGAGGUGGCCUGGUGUGAGCUUCAGACUCGAAAGCUCACCAAAGUGGAGCGACAGCGGUUCAGUGAGGAGGUGGAGAUGCUGAAAGUGCUGCAGCACCCCAACAUCGUCCGCUUCCACGACUCCUGGAAAUCAACUGUGAAAGGCCACAAGUGCAUCAUCCUGGUGACAGAACUCAUGACAUCAGGGACACUCAAAACGUACUUGAAGAGAUUCAAGGAGAUGAAGCUGAAGCUGCUACAGCGCUGGAGUCGUCAAAUCCUUAAAGGGCUUCACUUCCUGCACACAAGGACCCCUCCCAUUAUCCACAGGGACCUCAAGUGCGACAACAUCUUCAUCACUGGCCCCACUGGAUCAGUCAAGAUUGGCGAUUUGGGGCUGGCCACCUUGAAAAGUGCCUCAUUUGCCAAAAGUGUCAUUGGAACCCCGGAGUUCAUGGCUCCAGAGAUGUACGAGGAGAAAUACGACGAAGCUGUGGACGUCUAUGCCUUUGGAAUGUGUAUCCUGGAGAUGGCCACCUCUGAGUACCCGUACUCCGAGUGCCAAAAUGCUGCUCAGAUCUAUCGUAAAGUCACCAGCGGCAUGAAACCUGAUAGUUUCUACAAAGUCAAAGUCCCGGAACUGAAGGAAAUCAUUGAGGGCUGCAUUCGUAUGAACAAAGACGAAAGGUACACGAUCCAGGACCUCUUGGAACACCCCUUUUUCCAGGAGAACAACGGUGUCCACGUGGAGCUCGCUGAGGAGGACGACACGGUGAAGUCAGGUCUGAAACUGUGGCUGCGCAUGGAUGACUCCAAGAAACUUCAUGGAAAAUACAAGGACAACAAUGCCAUCGAGUUCCUGUUUGAGCUCUACAAGGACGUUCCAGAGGAGGUGGCUCAGGAGAUGGUGGUGCUAGGGUUCGUGUGCGAGGCUGACUUCAAGCUCGUGGCCAAGUCCAUACGUGACCGGGUGACCACCAUCAAGCGCCAGAGGGAGAAGCUGAGGCGGCAGGCUGCAGAGCAGAAGAGGAAGCAGGAGGCUAUUGAGGAGGAACCGGAACCUCAGCAGCUCUCUCCUAAAGUGGGCGAGGUUGAGACCCCAACCCUGGCCCUGACACCCCCAGCUCCGGUGCUGUCUCCAGUCACCAGCUCUGCUGACUCUGGUGUGAGCUCCAGCUACCCCGCGGAGCCAGAGGAGCCAGAGGCAGAUCAACACCUCCGACACAACAGCCUCUCCUCGGUCAACUCUGACUGUGAGACUGACGGCUAUCUGAGCUCCUCUGGACUUCAGGAUCCGCUAGAGUCCGGCAGCUUUAACUCACCCAUGACUCCACCCACCACUCUCACCACACAUGGCCCCAAUGGACUCUCCAUUCCCGCACUGCGCUUCCCUACAAGUAUCGCCGUCUCCAACAACAUGGAACACGGCAACUGUGGGCCCACCAGCGGCUGUAAUUCCCCCGUGGACAGCUACGCAUCAGAUGUGACAUCUGGUCUCAGCGAUGGUAACGAGGGAUCGUCGGAGAAGAACGAGAAAACUGCUGCCCGGCGAAGUGCAGGGAAGCUGUUUCGGAGAAGAGCGCGCUCCAGACUGCGCAUCACGGGGCUCUCUGACAAAGUGGACCGGGUGGUGGAGUGUCAACUGCAGACCCACAAUGACAAGAUGGUGACAUUCAAGUUUGACCUGGACGGUGACAAUCCUGAUGACAUUGCAGCCGUCAUGGUCCACAAUGAGUUCAUCUUGCCCUCAGAAAAGGAGGGAUUCAUCCACAGAAUGGGUGACAUCAUCAAACGUGCUGAAGCUCUGAUGGCGAAAGAACAGACUCUCCACUCCAGCGGCCACAGAGCCAUCCCGCCCACUUUUUCCGGCGGUGUCAACUCCCUUUCUUCCUCUCAGCCAAACCUGUGCAGUCACGCUCUCCCUCGAACACACUCCUCCUCCUCGCUGCCUGACAUUGCUAACCAGAGAGUAGAGACACGCAGCCCUCAGCCUUCCAACUGCUCCAUCUUGGGUUCAGACAUUACUUCACCUGGCCGACCUCUUACACGCUCACAGUCCUUCCGCAGUACUGCAGGUUCUCCUCAUCACUAUCAGCACCAUCACCACCCUGCCUCCCUGCUGCCGCACCACCAGCACUACCACUCCCCCCACAUGGGCAACUCCCACUUUCCCUUCCCCUACCCAGGUUCCCCUAGCUCCCCUAAACCAAUCGGGGUCCAUUCUCCCCUCACCCGCGUGGCCAGUAACCCCACCUUCCCCUCUGCUCCCUCACCAGCUCCAGGCUCCCCAGGUGUUCACCAUGAGAGUCCAGGAAGCAGCGAGGGCAUGGCGAUGCCUCAGCACCCCAAUAUGUGGCCCCCCCACACACAGCCCUUAUUCUCCUUGGCUAACGUCAUUUCCAUGGCCAUGAGCAUGGCUCAGUCCUUCAUUCCACCCCCCAGCCUCCCUUCUCAGGGGUUGCCAUCUUACCCAGGCUUCCACAGCCCAUCAGGAUACCCCUAUCAACAGCACUACCAGCCGCCACCAGCAAAUGUUACGUACUCUACUCCCAACUUCCAGCCUCAGAAUGUCUACCAGAGUCCGGAGACGCCACCUCAGAUCCUUGCACCAGAGUUCCACGCACAUGAAGCUCAUACCUGGGCGUCAGCCACCCCACCUCCCCUUAUGACCUCCACUCCACCUCCAACAUCUCCACAGAGAUCUUCAGGCUCUCCGAGUCUGAGCUGUGAAGCACCGUUCUCUGCACAGAUUCCAGCACAGCCAUCAGAAACCUCCAGUUUGACGUCCUUGUCUGACCUUUCACCUCUUUCUCCUGACAGUCCGCAAAGCACUUUAUCCUUCAGCGCUCCUUCUCACUCCGUCGUACCUGAAGCAAACACCAUCCGUUCAACAACUGAGCCAUCAGCUGACGCGCCUGUGACUGUCGGUCGGUUCCAAGUGUCUCCCAGCAAGGAGGUUCCUGCACCAGUUCUUCCAGUCACACCAGCAGACGCAGACAGCGACACCACAUCAUCAGAGAGCAGCACAGAGGAGCAGGCUGAGUCCGAGACGAGCAUGGGCACCUCCCUCACCAUGUCCCCUCCUCAGCAGCAUCUCCACAGGACCGGGAUGCUGCAUGAUGGACAGGUGGUCUGGCAGACUAGCCAGGAGCAACAGCAGGGUGCAGGUCAGGAGGAGGAGGUGGAAGAUGAUGAAGAGGAGGAUGAGGAAGGCGAAGAGCAAGUUGAUGAGCGGCCAAGGAUGAGGAAGAGGAGUCGGCGGAGGGCGUACAGUCUCAGUCUGAUGGGGACAUCGGCGGACAGUGGGCUCUCUGUGACGGCUGCGGAACUGGAGGGCCGGCUGUGGGAUGGCGCCGCUGGCAGCCCGCAGUACAACAAUGCUCUCCAUCACCUGUGGAUGAUGACCUACAAUCACAGCGCCCCCUAUCUGAGCAGCGAUGAGUCUGACAGUGACGACGAGGACAUGUUGGAGGAAUUGCAGGAACUCAGAGAGAAGCAUGUGUCAGAGGUGCAAGCCCUGCAGGCGGCUCAGAAGCGAGAGAUUGAGGAGUUGUAUGAGAAGAUGGGGAAGGUUCCUCCUCCAGGCAUCGUCUCUCCUGCAGCAAUGCUGUCAAGCAGACAGCGCCGUCUGUCCAAAGGCAGCGGUUUCCCGUCCUCCCGCCGGAACAGCCUGCAGCGCUUGGACAUGCUGCCGCUCCAAGGCAUCAUCCGAAGAAACUCUCUUGGGGGCAGCAGCAGCAGCGGUUCACAGGACAAGCACAGCAAAGGUGUCACGUUUGCUACAGACAUCAGUCGAAUGUAAGAAUCCACCAGCCCCCCGAUCGCCCGGACUACCUCAUCUGAAGUGCAACUGCUGCAGUCCAGCAGAAGAUUCCUAAUUCAAAGAAUAGCUGGAGCCGCAUGACCCCUGCUGGACCCUUUGACUGUGUUACAUCACGGACCACUUCCACACGAUCAAAUUGGAAAAAGAAAAACAUUGGAAGCAAACCUCAAGUUCUGACGCAGUCGACUUGACUUGACACUUCACUGUGACCCACACCAAACAAUAAUGUGAAGCAACCUGUCAACAUUUGUUGAAGAAGUCCCGUCACCUGAGGGCUGGGCAGCUCCAGUGAUAGCUGCCGUUUGUUUUUCAAUUGUCUUCAUGAAGAUAGACAGUGAGAGUGCAAAAGUUCAUUUCAGCUCAAUAGAUUUGUUGUUUUGGCUAAAUAGCCGGAAUCAAAUUAUGGCCAGGAAUGAGAUAGAAAUGACUUUUUUUGUGUUGCAUAAAUUGAUAUGCAGUUAAUGAGACCAAACAAAUAGUAGCUCAAGUUACUCAGCUGUUUGCUGCUCACAGUGUUUAAGAAACAAGCCACAUAACUUUGCUGCAAAGCUUUCCCUCUCAUACUGAGGAGGGUAAUAUUUCAAACUUCUAUGAGAAUGAAGUCACAUUCCAAGAUGGCAUCUCAGCCAAUAUUACACCAGCAAAGUCCUUUUGCUUUCAUCACAGGUGUACCAUUUCCACUUGACUCAAGAAUACUGAGAUCAAGUCAGUUGUCCCUCCAUCCAUUCUUAAUGUGUGAGUCCACCCCAGCUUGACAAAGACGACACAGUUGGUAAAAGGUGAACAAGAAGUCAACUAAACCUUAACACGGCUCUUUUCUCUUAUCUCUGUGAACAGUACUGGCCUCCUCCCACACUUAUAUCUGAUCUGGUCCCCUGGAUCUUCAGGUUCUGACCAUAGAUGGCAGUUGAGACAACUCUUCAUUUGAUAUGGUAAAGGCUCAAAUAUUCUACUACUGUCUGGUGUGAGUCCAGGGUAGCUAGGCAAGUGCCUUCAAUCCAGUCCCAACUGAUCCAAUCUCAUAUUCGAGUUUGACCUCAUGAAAUGAGAAGAUCCCCUUAUCAGACAUGUGCCCUUCUCUUAGUGUAUAUUCGUUACUAAACACCUGGAUGGAGAGAGUCCUUCGUCAGUGCUCUCACACUACAAUGGGUGUAUAAAAAGCCUACUCGUUUUCUGUUGGCAGUAAUUUUCAAGGUUUAUAUUUUCCCUCUAUAUCAUUUUGGAUUUAAAAUCUUGCCACGGUCGCGUGGCAGUUUGAAACCGUACAGCACUUUUGCUUCUCGAAUGGCAUUUUAUUCCAAAGGGAACUCUGUGUUUUGUCAUGCUCACCAUAUGUCUGUCAUAAUAUUCAUGCGACGGUGUGCUUUUUCAAUGUUUUUAGUGCAGGAUUUAUUUGUGAAAGAUGGAGCUAACCAUAAGUGGCGAUGUCACUAUGGUUCUGUUGAAACGGUGAGAACUGUCACGAAAAGAAACAGAGUAAAACAGAUUAUGGGGAGGUGGGAUGUGUAUGUAUUAUGUGAAUUAUGGUUUGUGUUGAAAUCUAACAGAGUAUUUUGGUUCGUUGUGCAAAAUCCAUCCAGGUCUACCGGAUCUCAUGUUGAUUGUAAAUGUGUAAAUAGUAGAGUGAAUUUAUAGACGUUGUUUACAUGCUAUGAUAAUUGAACUUGAUAUUUCCUUAAUCUUUACUCCGGCUCAAGCAAUAAGAAUUAUAACCAUAUAUGUUGCUUAUCGAUAGAUCAAGCACCUCAUGCACUUUAGAAAUGUUCUGUUUCGCCUCUCAUUGAUUUCCUGCCGGAGACAACUGUUCACCUGAGGAAGAGCCAGUCGCAAUAUUGGAUUGCCGUGAUGAUGAUCUACAUUUAUCGUAACAGGGUAGAUUAAGAGAAUGCAGUGCAAGCUGUGAAGCCUUAAUAAGUAUUCAUAACACACUGAGAUUUUAUGGCAGUUUAACCAAAGUUCAUAAUAUAUACAAAAUGUCUGAAUGUAAAUAUCUGUGCUGCUUCCUGAAGCUGCUGUCCUGCCAUGCUGAAUCUGUGCCUUUCCUUGAUGUCUUAUUUUAUAUUUUUACUCUCCAGAUUGGGUGGCUUGAUCAAAUUCUUUAACUAGAAAUUCAUAUGUAACAUUUUGGAAAUAAAUAAAAGU